AGUAGUGUCACUAAUUAAUCGUACAUACCAUAAUUCUGACGGCUCUUGCGUAUAAAAUUAAUAAAUGCGAAACGGAUUUUCUACUUAAUUAAUCGGUGUCAAGCAAAUUCAGGAUUCGUCGGUUUCGACGAAGUUUGCUGGGAAUUACGUGGCCAGUAUGUACGGAAAAGUGUUGGAGGAGCUCACGUAUUCCCUCAACUUCACCUUGAACGUCGUCUCGCAAAUGGGCGAACACGGUCUGUGGAAUCGACAAAAUCGGACCUGGUCUGGAGUGAUGGGCGAGAUUGUAUCGGGUCGUGCAGAUUUCGCUAUCGCCGAUAUGUCGAUGACGAGCUUUCGGGUGGGCCACGUCGAUUUCACGCUGCCCUUGAUCAUAUCUAGAAACAGUCUAUACAUCAAGGAGCCGGGAAUAUGUGGCGUCAAGUGGCUCGGUUAUUUUCAGACAUUCAAUUUGUGCACGUGGGCUACAAUUGUUACGUUGAUAGCGACCGCGCCGCUUCUCCUAUCCUUUAUGAAAACGUACCGCGAAUCUCGAAGCACCGUGGGUCUGCUCUCUGAGAAUUUCAUCUGCAUCUGGGGUAUCUUCUGCCAGCAGGCGCUUAUAGAGUUUCCGAAAAGAUCGUCACUGCGCGUUGCGUACCUGACGAUAUUUUUGACGGCGGUGCUGAUAUCGGCUCACUAUUCAGCGGCGUUAAUCUGCUUUUUAACGGCGUGCACUCGCGUUCUGCCCUUUCAGACGAUAGACGAAUUCGUCAACGACGGCAGCUAUAAAUUAAUCGUUCCACGCGGCAGUGCCGACUACGACGUAGUCUCCUUUCAGGCGAGGUACGGGGCGCCGACGAAAUCUUUCUCGGUGAAACUGAUGAAAUUAAUGAAGGACGAACAGGAACUGCCGGUCAAUUUAAUUGAUGGCUUUGUGCAAGUAUGUAAGCAGCGAAAGGUUGCUUACAUGGUGCUGAGCGCUCUGAAGAGAAGCGUAGAGAUGAAAAUUCCUUGUAAACUGUCGAGCAUCAGCACUGAAAGGAUAGACAACUUAGGAAUGAUCCUCUCCAAGAACAAUCCGUACACAGGCGUGAUAAAUUAUCAUUUGCAGAAAUUUUUGGAUAACGGUAUGAUGAUGCGUCUGAGGGAUACGAGAUUUUUGCCGCAUUCCGCCGAGGAGAAGACUUACAUGCCGGUCCGUUUGGUUAACGUCAUUCCAAUUUUGGCGAUUCUCUGCGGAGGCAUUAUUAUAAGCAUCGCGGCGCUGAUUAUAGAGAAAAUUCAUUACCGGUCGAGGCGAAGGAAAGUUCAGCCGAGAGUCUUUUAUCCUUCCAGAAAGCCAUUUAUCAAGAAACACAAUUAUUGAGAGAAAAUUUACAAUUUUAUUUGACUUAACUGAAAUCUUCUUGGUAGAAAUUUGACGUGUGUGUAUAUAUAUAAUUGUGUUUGAUUUAUAACAAUUAAUUAAUUAUAUAUUUAUUAU